AUGGAUCCUAUCGAUCUACGAAUGGCCUCUGUGCGAGAGGCUCGAAAUGCAGAACGAAGAUUCUGCUUCGAGGUCAUUACUCCUCAGUAUAAACGCAUCUAUCAAGCAACAUCCGAGGAGGAUAUGGGUAACUGGAUCCGGGCUAUUAACAACGCCUUACAAAGUGCUGUUGAGGGUCGCGGCAUGUCCCCACCGCUCUCUCCCACUGCAGAUAAUUCGUCCAUUGGCCGUGAUAUUGGCUCUGUAUUGACCGGGAAAAGUUCCUCAUAUUCAGGCCAACAUUCCCACUCUACUGCAUCCAAUGCGUCAAACAACAGUGUAACCCGUCGCACGACUGUGGGUGCACGACCAAGCUACGUACGUGGCGAUGGCAAUAGUUUCGAGGACAAUCCUUCCAGGCUGCUUCAGACAGUUCGUGAUGCCGAUCAGGGCAAUAACUGGUGUGCUGACUGCGGAUCGGCAUCUAAGGUCGAGUGGGUCUCUAUCAACCUAGGGAUUGUUCUAUGCAUUGAAUGUAGUGGUAUUCACAGAUCCCUUGGAACACACAUUUCAAAGGUCCGAUCCCUCACUCUUGAUGUGAAUUCUUUCUCGAAUGACAUCGUUGAAAUCCUAUUGCAAAUUGGCAACCGCGUCAGCAACAUGGUCUGGGAGGCCACGUUGGAUCAAUCCCAAAAGCCAAUAGAGACGUCAACUCGAGAACAGCGCUUAAAGUUCAUUACCGCGAAGUACAGUGAAAGAGCCUAUGCUCAGAACCUACCCUCCCAGAUGUCUCGUUUUGCAACCCCGGACGAAACACUUCUUGCCGCGAUCAAGAAAAACGACAUACAGGGUGUCCUCUACGGCAUCGCACUUCGAGCUAAUGUGAAUAUCACUGACCGUUCUCGUAAUACCCAUGCAGUUUUUCUUGCUCUUGCAGCAGCUGAUCCAGCAUCACCGGGUUCCACUUCAUCUAGGCCUAGUACGAGCAACUCCGUAAAGCCAAUCCCGUUCCCCAUUGCUGAGCUGCUUGUUCAAAAUGGAGCAGAAAUUCCAUCUCAGCCCCCGCCUAUUCCUCUUUCGCCUGCCGCUCAAUUAUAUCUGAGCCAACGAACCGCUAGAGUGCCUGCAUUCGGCACAUUGGCUGCAUCUGCAUCGGGUAAACCUACCGCUGACAGCCUGGGCACAUUACCUAGUAUUAGAGGAACCGGAAGUGAUAAUUCCGUUGUGUCUUCUCACGGGCCAAGCUCUUUAGAUAGCAAGGAACGUGAAAAGCUACAUAAAAGAGGAAGUGCUGGUGCCAGAUUGGCUGGGAAGGUAGCCUCUUUAGGUAUUGAUCGAUAA